GCGCUGGGGCUCUGGCGGACCGCGCUGUGGACGUGAUGGCCGCUUCCCGCUUACCCCCAGCGACGCUAACGCUAAAGCAGUUCGUGAGAAGGCAACAAGUUCUCCUCCUCUACAGAAGGAUUUUGCAGGCAAUUCGGCAAGUUCCAAAUGAUUCUGAUCGCAAAUACCUGAAGGACUGGGCAAGGGAAGAAUUCAAAAGAAACAAAAGUGCCACCGAAGAGGAUACAAUCCGGAUGAUGAUUACUCAAGGCAAUAUGCAGCUCAAAGAGUUAGAAAAAACACUUGCUUUAACCAGAUCUUAACUACAGCAUUAUUCUGAAAGGUUUUCAAAGUCUCCAUGUGUUUAGUUGAGCUUAGGCUCAACAGUGGGUAGCCCAAAGCCAAGUGAAACUAUCUGUACAUAGAGCCCUUGAGCAAAAUAUCAGAACAUGGAGCAUGGCAUAUCAGAGAGAGCCAAGAAAAGGGCAUAAGAGCAAUUGUCUUAGCACUGAAAACAUACCGUUUAUUUUGAAAAUGUUCUUGGAUAUGUCAGCAGUUUUUGGAAGAAGCAAAAACCAGUACAAUAGAUAGCACAUAAAAAGAUGUUCAACACCAUUAAUCAUUAGGAAAAUGCAAAUCAAAACCACCAAGAGAUACUAUUUACAUCCACUAGAAUGGCUAUAAUUAAAAAGGGAGAUAAUUGCAAAUGUUGGUGAGGAUGUGGAGAAACGAACCCUUAAACACUGCUGGUGGGACAAUAAAAUUGUGCAGCCACUUUGGAAAAAAGACUGUCAGUUGCCCAAAAGGUUAAACAGCAUUAUUCAUAAUAGCCAAAAAGUAGACAAUCCAAAUGCCCAUCAGCUGAUUAAUGGAUAAGAAAAACGUGGUAUACCCAUACAAUAAAAUAUUAUUUAGCAAACAGAAAGGGAUGAAGUACUGAUACAUGCUACACCUGGAUGAACCCUGAAAACAUUAAGUGGCCAGUCACAAAAGAUCAUGUAUUGUAUGAUUCUAUUUAUAUGAAUGCACAACUCUGAAUAUACUAAAAUCUACUGAACUGUACAUUUUACAGGUAUGAUAUGUGAAUUAUAUCUGAAUAAAGCCAUUUUUCCCCAA